AUGGUAGGAAAAUAUUCGAAAUACAGUUUAUGUACAAUUGUUAUUAUUUAUAUUUUAUCUAAUUUUCAAUUUGUAAGUAGCAGUUGUCAUAGCGAAUAUAAUAAAGAUGGUCUUCUGCUUCCAAUGUAUUUUUCAAAUAAUAUAAAUAUAAAAUUUUUAUUUGACUACUUUCAAGUAAAGAAUGUAUAUCAAUUUGUUUUUUUGAAUAUUUUAUGUAUAUUAAUGGGAUUCUCAUCUAUAUAUAUAAAAAUGAUAAAAAAAGGAUUUGACAAAAAGAAUAGUGAGGAUGUGGAAGAAAAACAUUUUCUCUUAAAAAUAUUUAGAAAUAAAGAUUUUAUUUAUGGAUUAUUGUCCUUUUUAAAUUAUGCAAUUGAUUAUUUAUUGAUGCUAAUUGUUAUGACUUUCAAUCCAUAUAUAUUCUUAAGUAUUAUGAUUGGAUUAUCAUCAGCAUAUUUCUUCUAUGGUCAUUUGGUGUAA